CGCAAAUAAGCAACACACGUUAUCAAAAAAACUUCGGUAUGCCAUCCGUCUCGACUGGAAAGACAUUGUGGGUAGAAAAUCCCCUCGCUGCUUCUUGAAUCGAAGGAAGUUGCAGCAAUGGAGAAGACGCGUAACAGCGACGCCGGAGUCACGUACUUGGGGAAAGCAGACGAAAUAGACGGAGUUUAUGAUCUGGAACAUCUGGAACAUCUGCCACCGUUACUAGAGGAUGAGGAGAACGUGUCCCUGGCUGAUAUCCUGUCUCUGAGGGACACUUGUCUUUUGGAGGACGAGGUGUGGGCCAUGUGUGGGGAGUGUGCUCUGGCUCUUCAGAGUAUCAGCCAGUCUCAACUCUUCCACUCUCUGUGCAUCACCCCCGACACUCUGGCCUUCAACGCCCAUGGCAACGUGUGCUUCAUGGAGCAGCUCAGCGAUGACCCAGAGGGCAGCUUUGUCCCGCCGGAGUUUGACAGCACCGGCAGCACAUUUGAGGGCCAUGUCUUCUCUCUGGGCUCCACUCUCUCUGCUGCUCUGAGCUUUGUGAUCGAGCCAGAGCUGGAGUCUGAUCUGGGACCGGAGCUGUCCUCUCUCCUGGAGCAGAUGCAGCAGGAGCAGCCCGAGGACAGGCCCGCCCUUAAGGACGUCUUGUCUCUGGCCCAGUCCCACCUCUCUCACACCUCCUCCGCAGCUGUUUGCAGAAGGCUGUCGUCUGCAGGCAGGAGGGUCCUCUCCAUCGAGUCCUUCCAAGAUGGAGCAGAAGGCUCAUGGGAGGCGCGGUGGCAGCAUCCCAAACCCAGAUGUCUGCUGAAAGGACUGAGCUCAGAGGAGAAUGACAAAAACCUGAGCGCUGAUAGUCCAAUUAAGACCAACGGUUUGUCCCGGCAACAGGUGUGCACGGGCUGGGACUCCUCCCUAUGGGCUGAGGACAUGGACAGUGGCAUCGGACAUAGUAUGAACUUCAGAGACGAGUUGGAUUUCCGUUCUUUUGACAGCUCCCCAGUGAUGAGGCGUUCCCAGGCCCGGUGUAACCGAAUCCGAGGGGCUCUUAACCGCUCCUGCUCUGUCCCGGACUCCAACAAUCCCCCACUGCUGUCUCCCAAGUCUUGUGGAGACAUCAGCAUUCCCGUGUCCGACCUCAGUGAGAUCGGCGGAGACGAGGACCAGCCAAAAUCCACCUGGAAAAUGGAGAGAUUAAACCGGGGUAGUUCUUGUGAAUGCUACACUGUUAGCACCAUUGAAGACUAUAUGAACUCAACGAUGGGAUGCUACAAUUCCCGGGAAAGCUUAAAUGAACCGCUGCAUAUAGAGGAGGUGAACAGAGAGGAGGACAGGGAGGAAGAAGGAGAAAGGGAUUUACUGUCGCUCUGUAAUUCCUGUCAAGAUCUGGAGCAGGACUCUUGUGGGAAUUCUCUAAAUAAUGGGCUGUGCACAAAUAACCACAUGACCAAAAGUAUGCUGUGUCUCAAUGAGGAAUCUCAGGAUGAGUGGAUUUCUCUGAGAGAGCUGCUCACUCGCUGUGGUCGGAGGCUGAGUGUGAACGAGCUGUGGGCCCUGUGCUACACCUGCCUCUCCUCUCUGCAGACCUACAUCGACUUCCCAGCAUAUCUUUCCCUGGACACCGUGUUUGUGGGCUGUGAGGGGGAGGUACUCUUCUUAAAGCCAAAAAACAUAGGUUACUGUGAUGAAUUCUAUCUUGCCCCUGAAUAUCAAGAGCAUGGAAUAGUCACUGAGAAGGUGUGCAUCUACGGCAUCGCUGCUAUUCUGUGGGCUACGGCAAAGUUCAAUUUAUCAGCCAAUCAGAAGCUAGCGAUGCCCCGUAAACUGAAGAGGCUGCUGCUGGAGAUGGCCAAGAGGACUCCCAUCGAGAGGCCAACUAUUGCCACGGCUAAAAAGACUUGUCGUGACUACUUAUCACGUCAGGGGACCAGCGCAGAGACAGUGUGGGACAGGCUCAUACAAAGAGUGCACAAGCCAGUGUCAAAAUACAUAGAAGAUGAUUUGAAAACAAGUGAUAGUCAACAACUUUCAAAUGAAGACUCCGCACAACUCAACGGUGGCUUUGUGCCCAUGGCCACUGAGAGCCGACUGGCUCCUGUACCUGGCCCUAUUCCCCACAGUUAUCCAGUCGUCAGAGAACUACAGCUCCCAGAAGCCUUCACUUCCACCGCCACUCACUUCACCCCCAUCAUUCUGACCAAUCAGGACGCAGCGGAGAAGAGUCCUAGUGUUGGAGAUGAGCUGGAGGGAUAUAUGGAAGGACUCAUAGACAGCAGUGAAAACAUUGAGGAAAUUGGCCUGGACUCCUCUUCCAUCCCUGAAGAUCCUCCUGUAGACCUUGCCUCUUGCCCUACUGCAAAGAAGUUACAUUGUUCACCUAAAAACACAACUAUUACUUCAGCUAACACACCACCAAAUGACCCACCACCAGUGACCUUUGACCCCACCGUUUCUGAAGUCUCUCAUAUUGAAGUCUCUCUACCUUCAUCUUUAAACUCAAACCUCAAUAACUGUGGUGUAUUCAACAAUUACCUCUUUCGGCAAGAUCCCAAAACUGGACAGCUUUACCUGGUCCCUGUUCAAAUCCGAGCCCCCGAUUCUGUACCAGGCCUGGACAUAAACUUAUCUCUGGUGCCACCAUCUUUAAAGGGACUAUUAGCAAAUUCACAAAUCAAUGACAGCACUAGCUUCAAUGCUCCUCCUUUAGAUAAUAAUUGUAGCUUUUUAAUUGACAAUAAAAGUGAAAAUGGACAAGCUAAGCCAAGUAGACAAACCUCAGCGUCCAUGUCUCCAGAGGUCCACCCAGCUCUACAGGAGGUGAUAGACCUGCUCAAAGGGGAGUUUACUCUCAACUCUGGUUUGGACAAUGGACACGAGGACAUCGCAAUGGGGGAGUACAUCUUCUCUCUAAAGGAGCUGGAGUUCUCUGUGUUUGCGGAUGUGGUGAGGCAGAGGUUCAGUGACCUGUACUGGGAUGAGGAUCUGCUGGGAGUGUUGCACUGUCUGGUCAACUACAGCUCAGUCACUAUCCCAUACAGGAGCAGUAAUGAGCAGGCAGCUUCAAAGGCAGUGAAAAGGGCAUCUCGCAUUGAAGUAGCUCCCCCUGGUGGCUGGAGAGAAGACUGCAGAGAGCUGUGCCUGGACCUCAAUGGAAACAUCCACACUACAGCUGCUACUGAUGCAGAGGACACAUGGGACCAGGCUGAGCUCAAGGCUAGUCAUGGACAAGCAAACCAAGCUGAAGACGAUGAACUAGGAGCAGAGCAGAGGCAGAGAGGCAUUUUUCAAGGCAUAAGCACAGACAGUUCGGACACUGGUUUGAUGGAGGGCGGGGAACAUUCGGCGGGGGGCAGCGAUGAAAGCCCCUCUGAAGCCGAGCUAGCGCUGGGCAGAGACGAAGCAUCCAUGGACCUGGAGGACAGCGACUCGGGGGCUUCGGAUAGGCGGCUCUCCCCGGGGACAGUGAGGGGUUUUGGGGCAGAGGGAGCGGGGCCAUCCUUGAGCUCAGCCUGGGACCUAGCCUUCUAUGAGGAGCAGUGCUUUAGUGAAGAGGUGGUGAAGUAUGCAGUGGAUCUGGGUCAGCAUACAGGAGGAGCGGCGUGUGUGGACGUGAAAACACAGGAAGUACAGCAGCAGUUGGUAAUUGAGACGAGAAAUUUGAAGAAAACAAGGAAUUUCUAUCACAAAUUACUUCAACAGGAGAGAAAGAACAAAGGCUCUGACAACAAAGCGAUGUUGAGUAAACUGAAGUCUCAGCUGGAGGAGCUGCGGUCCAGGGUGAUAUUCCUGGAAAGUGUCAAGAAAUACCUCGAGGUUUUGAGCAUUGACCAGUGGGGGUUGGAGGUAUCACUUCUGCCCUCUCUGGCUGAUUGUGGAGCUGACGGUCUGGAGCUGCAGGCUUCAGAGGAUUCUUCUGUUUUGUCGUUUAACUGCUGUAAAGGGAGGAGCACUCUGCAGCUCGGCUCUCCUCUGGGACUCAUGGCUUAUCUCUUUGCCAGAAAUGCUGCUAUGGAGGGCUACAUCCAGCAGUUUUUGUACACUUUCCGCUACUUCUGCACCCCAGAGGAGUUACUACAGUUUCUAAUGGACAAGUAUAUGAGCGCUGCAAGGGAGGGUCCGGACUUGUCAGGGGACAGUCUGAAGGUGUUUCACAGGAGCCUGGACCUGCUGCAGCUCUGGGUCUCACCCUGUAAAGACGUGGACUUCACAGGGAGAAGCAGCCUGAUGGAGACACUAGAAAACUUUAUCAUCACACAGGUGAUCCCGGUGGACAGUCGUGGAGAGGCCCUUCUGUCUGCUCUGCACAGCUCCACUCACACCACCUCAGCCCAGGACAGAGGCAGUCAGCUCAGCCUGGUGGAGGAGGACGACCUGGUCUGUCUCCACUCGUCAACUGAGGAUCUGGGGAAAAGGUGGCGUAUAUCUCGUGUGGUGGAGCCCUCUCCCUCUCUGCCCAAAGACAAGUCGUUCUCCAUCUCGGCUGCUCUCCCCGUGCCCUGUUACGCCUCUCUGUUUGAGGACCUGCCCAGCGCCUCUGUGCACGCUGAGGAGAGACUGCCCUUUUGCCAGAGCGAAUACAGCCCGCAGCACCUGGCCCAGCAACUCACUCUAAUCGAACAGGAGAUUUUCCGGAGGUGUCACCCGGUUCAUUUUCUGAACUCCAGAACUCAGGGGGUCACAGACAAUGCCCUGAGCACAAACAAAAACGUGUCCUCCCCAGUGUGUCCAGCAGAGGGCAGUGGCGCUCUGUCUGCAGAUCACAGCUCUUUACAUCAGCUGCUCCUCCACUCGGACCGCGUGUCUCACUGGGUCUGCGCUGAAGUGGUCCUGUGUGACUCUGUGAAGACUCAAGUUGCUUUGCUGACCAAGUAUCUGUGGAUUGGAAAACACUGCUACGAAUCCCGAAACUUUGCCACCGCCAUGCAAAUCCUGGGAGGCCUGGAGAACGUGAUCGUCAGGCAAUUACCCGCCUGGAAACACCUGCCCACUAAGGUGUGUGAAAUCCUGGAGGAGCUGAGAGCUGUUCAGGUGUUUCUGAAGAGUGACGAUUUGUGCCUGAUGGGAGGGGACCACAUGAGGAGGAGGCCCACUCUGCCCUCGGCUCACAUCCUGGCUCUGCACAUACAGCAGCUGGAGAUCGGAGCGUUCAAACUCACCACCGGAGCAUACAAGUGGAACAAGCUCAGGAGGAUAGCGAAGGUGGUGAGCCAGGUCCAUGCAUUCCAGGAGGCUGUGUUUCCCUACAGUCCAGACCGGGACCUCCAGUCAUACCUGCGGGUCCGGAUUACACGGAUGGGCUCCGCAGACAUCCACCAGCUGGCCUCAGGAAACCAGGCCAACUUCCAACAGACCAGCGAGCGCCAAGCACGGAGAAUUCAUGACACACUGCGGAGGGUCAAGGCCAGCUUUCAGUGAGCUCUGCCCCAAAACAAGACCCCGACACUGGGUCGACAGCACACAGCUACAGCCUCUGGACCCACACCUCCAGCCUGGGCCUGUGCAGACCAGAAAACUAUUUUAACAAAUGUUUAUUUUUAAAUGCACUUACACAGAGACAGUAUUCUCAAAUCUUCCAGAAUAUAUUUUACCGACCAUAUGUUUUGACAAAGUGGUACAGGUUGAAUGUAUAGUUUUCAAAUGUAUUUUUCUUUAACUAGAAAAGUGAGAAUUGUAUUUGAAUUUGAGUCCUCUCAUCUGAUGGAAUAAGAGCACCAGAAACCCUUUGCAGACAUGAACAUAACAUGCAAACUUUGACCCAACCCAGCCCAAAAAUCAGACCCCAGACCAUCUCGUGUGAGGCAGUAGUACCA